GCAACACUUGCAAUUUUAGACAACUGUUGUUAUAUACUUAUAUAUGUGAAUCAUAUAUAAUAUAUUCAUAUACAAUUCAUAUACUGUACUUCAUUUAGUUUCCGCUUCCGUUAGAAGAACAGUUGUUUGAUAAAAUUUAUUCAAGUUUGCAAUGAAUUUCCCGAAAUUUCCUUGCAUUGAACUUGCUAAAUAUAAUGCUGAAAGAAUGGAAAACCCACUGGUUGAGAGUUUUCUUCAGAAUUUUAUUUCUCAGUUGGACGAUGAAAUCUCACAGUUGGAAGCAUCUUGCCACAAAUUGACAAACGCAAAAAAAGAUUCGCAGGCUGUAAAAGAAAAAUAUUUAAGAGACAUAUUUGCUUUUACACAUGGCCAAAGCGGGGAUGAAAUUUUGCCCCAGGAAUUGUCGAAACGAAUGCAAAGCGAACUUGGGAUGUUUCAAUUGGGUGAACGAAGAGUUAAAGAAUUGUUAGAGCGUUUUCAUAAAGAUAAUAAAGAUUGGCGUCUCACAUUGGAGCAGCAACUGCAAAAAUCGCUUGGACCAGAUGAAUCAAUUUUUUUGCCACAACAACAGUUAAUGGAUAAACUUAACACAUUGGGAAUAAUUGCUAAAAAUCUCGAAAAUGAACUAAAAGCUCUUGAAGAAACUGCAGAGGAUAAAAAUGAAGUAUUAGAAGACAAACUAAGAGCAAUGCAAGAGGAAGUUACCAUCCUUGAAGCACUAAAGGCGAAAAUGAGCGCGGCACAGCAACGAAUCAUUGACGAAUUAAAGGAAAAACAAUUCAAUUAUCAACAAGAUAGCAAUAAGAUGUUGAGAGAAAUUGCUAGCUUACAAGAAAAGCUCAAUCUCCACGAAUAAAACUCGUAACUUGUAUAUAUACUUAAAACUGUUAAUUUUUUCUUAUUUGAUGUACAUACCAUUGUAUACUAACUACUUAAUUUACAACAAAAAUAAUAUUUAUAAUAUCACAAACCACAGAAUGGACUAUUUACAGAAAUAAAAAUUUUUUGUCAUUGUUUUCAUAUGCACGAAUCGCAGUUAUUUGGUUAGUCCUUAUGCAACGCUAGCCAAUGCUUUGCAUCUACAGUAGCAUCCCCAAACGUACGUCCAAAUGUAAAAGUUUCUCCUGGUACGUGACCUGCAUAUUUGGGCACCAUUCCAAUCGUACGAUGGUAGAUAACAAAGUGUCCAGUAUUCGGACAUGAACUUCCAAUGCCGGCAUUUUCUUGUGGACACCACUCAGCACUUCUUCUGUGAUGGUAAUUGUUGGUGAAUUCACAUAGUGCACUGUUAGUCAGUUGCUUGCUGGUUUCACCAAAACGUGUCAACGCCAUCGGUAUAUGACCGCCGUAACCUAAAAAUAAUGUAAAUAAAAUAUUGUGAAGGUUUAGAAUAAAAUUCAAAUGAUCGUAAAUUGCAGUUACGCGUGGAAUACGACAUUUUAAUGCAUUCAGUUAUUUAAAAUUAAUGUAAAAGUAAAACUUUACACGUUAAAAAUUUAUGGACUUA